UAUUCGGAUCGUUUCUGAUUUCUGUUCCUCGAAAAAGUAUGGCAGAAGAAUAUAUAUUUUUCAAAGUUGUGAUGUUAGGCGAUUCCAACGUUGGAAAAUCAACCCUUUUGUCGCGGUUCACGACGGAUGAGUUCGAAACUGAAUCAAAGUCUACAAUUGGUAUUGAGUGGCUGACACGAUAUGGUAACAUUGACAACAAGAACAUCAAGGUCCAAUUUUGGGACACCAAUGGUCGAGAACGGCCGUUGGCAAAACAUUACUACAACGAUGCCACAGUGGCUUUAAUAGUGUACGACAUUACGAAUCACACAUCAUACAAGAAUGUGGAAGGAUGGUUGAAAGAGCUCCGUGAGCAGACGACUGAUCCCAAUAUCCUUACCGUCAUCGUAGGCAAUAAGUCUGAUCGUGGUCACCUCCGAGCUGUCUCAGAAGAGGAAGUUAUGUCUUUUGCGGUGAAAGAAAAUGUCUGUUACGGAGAGAUAUCCACUCUUAAUGAAAAUCAAGUUCGAGAAAUUUUUAUGAAUUCCAUCAUUGAAGCUGUGAGACGAAAAGGUCACUACGGUAUAAUUAGCCUCAAUAAUUGCAUCAAAGUUAACCGAAGUGGCUGAUUCCAUUAAGUUCAUAAAAACAAUACUUAUUCCUUAUCAAAUUGAUUGAUGUUUGAGGAAAAAAAAUAUUUAUCAAAUUAUUCAAUAAACUCUUAAA